AUGGCUAAUGAUCUCACCAAUUCUAUUAUGAGAACAGUUUCAUUUGUUGAACGAAUUGAAGUAGAGUUUCAUGGGAACAUUUUGACACAGGCUAUGGUCCUGGCAGACAUUGACAAUGACAUGGUAAUAUUUCAUUUUUAUGAAGGAGUAAUUAAUUUGAUUAAAUUUAGAGUUGUAAUGAGGUAGACCUAAAAAAAAAUUCCUUGAAUUGUAGGACCCAUUUACCCAAAAGAGCAUUGACAGGUUGGAGGCGGUCCUGCGACGGGCAGCAGGCCUGUUUCCUGCACCGCUACAGAAAUACCUCUAGUGUUGGCAGCAUGCUGGAAACACUGGGCUGGUCACCAUUGGAGGAACGAGGAUGACUAUCCAGGCUCUCCAUAAUGUACAAGAUAAAUAAUGGACUGGUCCACUGCUCCAACUUUAAACAGAAACUCAUCCCUCUCCCCCAUAGACAGCGACAAGGCCAUGACAGGCAAUUCCGGCUCAUACCAGCGAGAAGCCAGUGUAGGAACUGCUCAUUCCUGCCAAAGACAAUCAGGGACUGGAACAAGCUUUCAAAAGGAACAGUUGAGGCGACAACACUUGAAACAUUUGCGUCUAUUGCCUCAGGCCUUCCAACCCCCAGUUCAUAAUACCCUCACAAAGUAGCCCUUGCAACCAGUGAAAUACCCUCAUCAACACCAGGCACAGAAACAUUUCAAAUCCCCUCUACAUGCAUAGAAGCAAAAAUGAUCAAUAAAUUGAUCAUGGGCCCUUAAUAUAUAGAAGAAGAAGAAAAGUUUUGCCAUUAAUGUUGACCUAUUAAAAUGAAUAUAGCUCACACAAAAAACGUACCUUUGUAUUAUAGCAAAUUUUAGUAUUGAUGGUUUUAAUGAUGCAGUUAAUUUCAGCUAAAUCCUAUAAAUUAAUUAAUCUAACAAAUAAAUUUGAGGCAUUUUACUUUUGGUCAGAUUAAUUCAUUUUGCAUUCACUGUGCAAUACAUGCACACAGCUGCUUUAUGAUUUUCAUAUUAUCAGUAAUCUGUUAAAGGAUCUAAUGUAAUGCCUUUGUUUUUCUAGUCCAAUGAACUGAUUGUUGGUAAUAUAGAUGGCUAUGUUGCUAUCUUCAAAGGUGAAUCUCCGAAACCCUGGAAAAAAACAAAUAUCAGUGGGAUGGUAAGUCACUGCUUGAAGCAUAAGGGAAUGCAGAUUUUUAUUUUGUAUUCAAAAUAAUUCUGCUCUAUUUAUAUUCUAUUUUAAUAAUUAUGUUUUGAUGUAACUUCAUUAAAAUAAGGUUUAUUUCUUUACAUUCAGAUGAUUGUUUAACUUUUUUCUCAUAACGAGGAGAUCAAUUAAAAAUCUAAUAUUUACACCUAAGUGCGAAAAAAUAUUCAUUAUUAACAUCACUAAGAACCCUUUCUAUGUAGCUGACCUGUUUAGCCGUUGGGGAAGUCCAUUUGCAAAAGAAGGUGAGUCUUAAAAUUAAUUGAUUUAUUUGUAAAAUUAGACCACUGUUUAUGAGAAUUAAUUCAGAUGAAUAUUAUUGCAUAUAAUUCAGAUGAAUAUUAUUGCAUAUAGCACGAUUCACAUAUAAAAUUUCUGUUCUCAAAAACCCCCAAUGAAUGAUAGAAACAUCCAUAACACUUUUUCUUCCUCAUUUAUACCAUCUAUGAACGCCUAACUUUUUGUUUGGAUAAAGACCUAAAAUUUCAUAUCCACAUAUAAACAUAAUGCAAUCUUUUAAUCUUUUUUUUUUUUUUUUUUUCUUUAAAAUUAUUAAUAGAACUAAUGCAUACUAAUUAAUGAAAAAAAUAUUAAUCUAAAUAAAAAAAACUCAAAAUCCUUUAAAUUAAUUUUCCAUCUAUGAACGCCUAACUUUUUGUUUGGAUAAAGACCUAAAAUUUCAUAUCCACAUAUAAACAUAAUGCAAUCUUUUAAUCUUUUUUUUUUUUUUUGUUCUAUAAAAUUAUUAAUAGAACUAAUGCAUACUAAUUAAUGAAAAAAAUAUUAAUCUAAAUAAAAAAAUCUCAAAAUCCUUUAAAUUAAUUUAAAAUAUUUAAAAUAAACUGUUCAUACAAAUACAACAAUGCUAAUAUCCCAUCAAGGGGACGCUGCUUACAUUAUGUUUUUUCCGAGAGCUUAAAGUUAUUUAUUUUAUUCGUUUUUAAAAAAGAAAAUAUUUUUGUUUUUUAACAUUUGACAAUUUAUAUAUUUGUUGUUGAAAAUGUUGUUUUUUUUUAAACCUAGCAAACCUAUUCAUGACGCUCGCUUUCUAUGCCCUAAAGUUUAAGUGAAUAUCUUUUAUUUAUUAAUAAGAAAAUGUUUAAUGUAUUUUACACAGAAUAGCCUUGUGUGUAUGACAGCUGAGGGCUGGUGCUACAUCUAUGACAUUUCUACUCAACAUUCUGCCCAGGUACGGCAACAAUAGAAAACUAAUCUAGAAAGUCUUAGGUCUAGCCUUGGGCUGCUUAGGCUGUUCUUAAAUGACCUGGGGGCAAUUCUUGUGUAGAUUUGCAAACUAUGUUGUUGCAAUUUCCCAUAAAAGAAAUUCAACUCUUUUUAUGCAAUUCAUGUGAUGUCAUUACAGAUUUUUACCAGCCUCUGGUAUCAUGAGAUCAUCUUCAGGUUUAAGGUUUAACAAAAAAUAUGAGGCGGAUAUUUAAACUGUCAUCGGUUUGUCACUGUCAGAAUAAAACUGUUUCAGAAUGUAAACAUGAUGGAUGAUGACGCAGAUAAUAUUAGGCCAAUUUUCACACAAGAGCUGCCAGCCAACGCAAAAGUUAUGUGUUUAGCCGACAUUGGUAGGUUAUUCUACAGAACAGCAUUUAUGGUGUGUCAAGUUUUUCACUCACUCCAUCAUUUAUUUAGUUUACUAAAAUUUAAUUGCAUUUUUUAAUGUCGCAGAAUAAAAAAUUUGAAAAGAGGAAUGAAAAUUGCUACUAGUAUUUUCUUAUAUUGUCAAACAGUUACGUGGUUUCUUUGCAAGGUAAAAAUAUUUUAGUUUACAUAACGACCGAUUCAUGUAACUUAAGUUACCUAACAAAAAAAUGCUAAUUUUUUAAUAAAUGUUUUGGUUACAUUAGACUCUGAUGGUCAUGCGGAGAUGGUGAUUGGCUACUCAGAUCGUGUCGUGCGGGCUUUUAGAUGGCAAGAAACACCUGAAUCAGACACUGGUCAGUUUAUCUUAAUGCAAAGAUGGCAGCUAGCCGGACAGGUUAGAUGCCCACUAUUGUAUUAUUCCAUUGUAUUUGUCAAAUUCAUGUUACUUAUUACAAAGUAUUAUUUCUGAAUGAAAAGACUAAUAAUUCAUUGCAGACAUGCUGCACUUGUUAUUGGGUUUUAAUGGUAUUAUGGUUUAUAAUUUUUGGAAGUGAUGAUUCACUAUUAUGCUUUUUAAGAGUUUGGCUGAAGAUACAUUUUGUGAAUUUACUUAUUUAGGAAGAUGCAAUUAGAAAUAAAAUUGUAUGAGAUGGUAAUGUGGGUUUGCAACUUGUUCAACUCAAAUAUUUGUUAAUGUAUAAAUAUUUCAGAUUGGAAGCAUUACCAUUAAUUAUAACAAAGAUCACCACCCUGAGAUAAUGGUGUCACAGCCUGGGGCAACCUUUGUAACACUUCUGCUAAAACCUGCAUUCAGACACAACAAAUCAGACAGCUACCUUGAUAAAAUGACCAAACACGAAUACUCACUGGAGCGAAGUGGCAGUUUUGUCACGCCUGCCAAAUUUGACAGCACAGCUUCGGUGGGCACGCCUAAGUCUGAUAUUUUUGCCAGUAAAUCAGACACUGUCUCAAAUCACCCUGAAGCCCCCUUCAGCAGACCGUCAGAGACUGCCUCAGAUAAAUUCGAUCUUAAGUGCCAGACAACGUUAAACAGGGGUGACCACAGCGCCAAGGCCAGCCAUUCCGAGACCACCCCAGAGAAGAAGGAUGAGAAAUUUAAUUUGAGACAGAGCCAAGAAAGGUUGGCAAGCUCACCGGCUGCCAGGCUCAGCAACAGCCCGCACAAUUGUACAGAGGACACCCUUGACAAAGCCCACGGAAAACUGAACCAUAUAUUUGAUGCCUUAGAUUCUUGUGAGUAAGUACAAUCAUCAAGGUUAAGGAAUUUUUUUUUAAUGAAUAUAAAACACACUAAUGUCAUCAAAAGACUAAAAGUUAUAAAAUUGGAUAUCACUAGAAAAAAGGAUUAAAAUUUGUUACCUUGUCUAAAACCAUUUAUAUAGCUAAUUUAUACCAUCCCUUCCUCAUUGUUAUUUAUUGUGGUAUUUAAUUUUUGUAAUAUCUGUAAAUAUUGUUUAGUGAGGAGCUCUUCAAGCCCAAUCUUAUCUACCAUCCCUUGGCCCACAUGCAAACAAGGAAUAAAGACACCAGUACUGUGAUUGUUGGGGGAAUCAACAGAGAAAGGGCAUCUCAGCCAAACGGUGGUGCUGUGUGCCAGCAAGGAGCUACAUAUUACGCGCUGGCUACAUUGGAUGGUAAUACUGUUAACUUUUAUUUAUAACAUCAUCAGUGUUUAACCAUACGCUUUUGUAUCCUGUUUAAUUUCUAAUUGAAAGCUGUUGGCAUGACUAAAUGACCUUGUUUCUAAAUAAUUAUGAGAAAAUAUUAUAUAGGUUGCCCUUAGCAAUUCUCACAUUACAGUAUUUGAAAACAGAAUAAAUCUGUGAAAAUCUGACAAAUUUUUUAAUAGUAUGGCUGAAAUUUUUUGAAGAUUAAUGAGACACAAACAAGUUGUGCAAAAUAAAACAAUGUAUGUUAAGCUUUAAUCAUGAUUAUACAAAAUACAAAUUCAAACAUUUUGGCAAUUGCCUUCAUCAGUGCAACAAAAAUCAUUCAAUAAUUAGAAAUUAAAUUUACAUAAUACUUUUAUAUCCGACCUAUACCUAAAAAUGAAAGGAAAGAAAAUAAUUAGAAUGGGCACCAGUCCCAAAUGAAAACAAAGAUCAGAAGAAGGUAGGAACCAUGUACAGUUCGCGUAUUCUAAGAAUUUACACUAUCACUGAAUCACUAAGGAUGUACACUAUCACUGAAUCACUAAGAAUGUACACUAUCAGUGAUCACUGAAUUCGAAUUGCGAUGCAUGGUCUUAAAUAUUCCCAGAGCUCUUGUUCUAUUUUCAGGCUCCUUGAUUUUAGUAGAGAAUGAUUCCAUACUGUGGUCUUUACAAGUUGACCAUUACCUGUUUGCUUUGGCCAAGCUAGAUGUGACAGUAAGGAUGCAUAUAUUUUUGUUGUCUUCCCUGUUGAAAUAACUUGAUAAAUAAUUUCACUUAAGUUUUUUAUUGCUACUUUCUGGUUUUUGUUACUUCUUCAUUUGUCCUGUCUGCUGAGGAAGGUGCUCUUAGCCGAAACGUUCUUCUUUUAUUUUCCUGUCUUUCUAUUUCAAGCAUUCACAUACCUCGUUCUGCUACUUCCUUCACUCAGCUUGAACGCAGUCCUUUAUUUAUUAUGAAACUAUUUGAAAGAGAUACAUUUCUGAUCCCCCCCCCCCUAGAAUGUUGCUGAACACACAACUCAUUUUCGAUACAGGGUAAUGGCCAAGAGGAAGUUGUCUGCUGUUCUUGGAGUGGCCAGACUUACAUUGUGAACCACAGUAAAGAGAUAGUCCGAUAUCAUUUCCCGGAUAGUGUGGCAGCAUUUUGUGCAGGUAUUGAAUUAAAUCCUAUGCAAGUAGUUAAUUUUCUAUGACCACUCUUUGCUUCAUCUUUCUUUGGAAACUACUAUCAUAUCCUACUCUUUCUUAGGAAACUAAUAGCAUAUUCUACAACUGCGUGUUAAUAAAUCAAGUAUAUUUUACAGUUUUCUUCUUGAAUAAACCAUUUUGUGGAUAGAAAAAGUGAGAGAAAGAGGAACAUGUUUUCAACAGAUUGUUGUUAAUUGUUGAGCUGUUCCUAUUAAGAAAUCUUUUCAUUUUUUUUUACUGCACACAUUGCCUUCUUUUUUAUGAGGCUUGACUCUUACUUCUUGAUAUUGCAGGGUAUUAUUCUUUACGAGGGGAAGGUACUAACUCUCCCUGCUUUGUGUAUGCUACUUUUAACAACCGCAUUUACAUUUACCCAAACAUCACAUUACCUCGAGUGGAAUCAACCAAUUUGUUGGAGGUCAUGUCAAGAAACAAGGAGACACAUAAAUUGUUGCAGAAACUAAGUAUUAGUGGUGUGUAUUCCAUUGUACAGUUUUGGCUAAUAAAAAUCAUUGGACCACGGCAAAGCUCUUAAAGGUUUAAAGCCUUGAUGUAGUUUGAAUCAAGAAAAACCAAUCAUUAAUAGGACUUGAAGCCUUCUUGAGUAAACAAAGUAUAUUAUAAUAAUGUAUAUUCAAAAAAGCUGUUGAAAUCUUAAAACUAUUAUUUUUGUUGGAGGCUGGGUUUAGAGAAUUUUGUGCCCUUAAACUUCUUGCUUUUAUAAACCGAAAUAGAGCUGUUUAAUUUAUAAAAAAUCAUUUCACUUUUGUUAUAUUUCAGCUGAUGACCAUGAUUCCGUGCGCAAACUUUAUCAUUGGUGUUUGUACGGACAGCAUAACAAGUCAUGAAUAAAAUCCGUUUUUUUCUUUUUAAUAUCUUUUCAAAAAGUUGUAUGUGUGCACUUCUAUAUUCAGUGCAAAAUAUGCAUAUUUUUUAAUUUACAAAAUUUAACUGAAGUGACCAUUGAUGGUUAUUGCUAAUCUUGUUUGAGGAAGAACUAAUAAUCUCUAAUUGGAACCCUCAAAUCAUUCUUUAGUCAUGUUAGCAUAAAAAUGAUUAUGGUUGAUUUUUUUUUUUUUUAAUUUUACAUUUGAAUGGGAAUGUCUGAAUCCAGCAGCAUAUUUAAAAUGGUUUUGACAUUGAAAUUACAUGGUCAUUCAGAUAGUAUUAAUAUUCACUUAUUAAUGCACUGAGGUGUUUUGUUUUUUUUUUUUGGUUCUUUUUGCUAUCAGAAUUAAUUUUAACUCUUUUUAGAAACAAAUGAGUUGGUAUGACAUUUGAAAUAGGUUUAGUAAUGGAUCUUUCAAUGUAAUUUUUGAUAUAUGAUAUGCUUCCGGUAUUUGAAAAUAUAAGAGUCAAGAGUAUUAAGAUUAGGCCAGUAUUAACUAUUACC